UCGGAACUGAUAAUAAAAAGAUAAAAAAGCAAAUUAAAGAAACCCUUGCGCUCGGUCUUCGAUAAAUACUAUAGAAAUCCAAGAAAAAAAAUUUAAAAAAACCCCUAAUUCUAUAAAAAGAUCGAAUUAAAGUAGAAUCAGAAGCAAAAAUCGCCGAGGAAAACAAGAUGUCGGGGCAGCAAGAAGAAGAUAAGAAGCCCGGCGAUCAGUCCGCGGCUCACAUCAACCUCAAAGUCAAAGGCCAGGACGGGAAUGAAGUUUUCUUCAGGAUCAAAAGAAGCACACAAUUGAAGAAGCUCAUGAAUGCAUAUUGCGACCGACAAUCUGUGGAUUUCAACUCGAUUGCCUUCUUGUUCGAUGGUCGCCGCCUGCGAGGUGAGCAAACUCCUGACGAGCUUGAGAUGGAGGAUGGUGAUGAGAUCGAUGCUAUGCUUCACCAAACCGGUGGUACUGUGUGAAGCGAGUACUACUUUGCCACAUUUAGUAUUUGAUGAGUUAGUUAUGGUCUGAUUAUGUAGAUGUUUCCAAUGUUUUUAUAUACGAUCUUAUUGCCAUGUUAUGAAGACUUGUGGACCUUGUUUUGAGUCAUCUUGCUCUUAUAGAAGAGCUUGAGUUUCUAGUGUUUACAAAGUGAGAUGGAACUCGGGACUUUGUUCCGAUAUGCACUCGUUUUGAAGGCUGUUUAGCAGUCACUAUCUAUAAGUAUUGAUUUCUGGGUUGCUUA